CAGGAGUCUCCUCUCUGCUCUGGCUUCCCGACGAAGUUACUUCUUGUGUCUCCCUGAUACAGCUGGGGAAUUUCCAGCUGCCCUGCUGGUCUGUCUCACAUUGAGGAUGACAUUCAGAAGAGCCCAUAAGAGAAAGGAAAACUGAAGACUGGACGGUGCAGUGCGUGGCCUCAGAAAUGGAAUCUGUCCAGAGCGAGGAAUGAGUUUGUUUCCUGGGACAUCUGGCCUGUUGCAUGAAGGGGGCAGUCUGCUUGUGUAGCCAGAGCUGAGCUGCUCUGUAACCACAGCUGCUGAAGCAGUUGGAGCAUUUCUGGCAAUGCCUGUACUUCGUCAAGAGAGCAUUUAAGGAAGUUGAGUUGCGGAAGUUCACCGAGCCGGGUGCCUCACCAGCACAGCUCCAAGGACUGUAUCCCUCCCGGAGGGACGGUGGGUGUUCGUGCCCACAAGCAGCCCAGCCAUCGCCAGCCUUCCUCUGGGUGACCUUGGGUGAGGCUCUGCUUGCCUGGAGAGCAGUUGAUUUACAAUGCAGAUUCAUCGCUCCUCGCCUGCCUGUCCCUGCCCCUCCUAAAUUGGGCUGGGAUAUAAGAGGUUGUUUGCUCUCCGAUGCCAACAGUGGCCAUGGCAGAACGCCCUGCCACGUGAGAGGCAGAGAUAGAGGAGAGGGGUCUAAGGAGGAGUGAACUGUGCAGCUGCUCUUGCUUCUGGUAGCUGAGGAGCACAUCUGCAGGACCAUGUCUCUGUUGAACCCCGUCCUGCAGCCCAUGGAGGUGAAGGAGUACCUGUGCAAGGGCGAUCGCUUCAUCAAAUGGGACGAUGAAACAUCAAAUGCUUCUCCUGUGAUUCUCCGAGUGGAUCCCCAGGGCUUUUACGUGUACUGGACCUAUCAGAGCACGGAAAGGGAAAUUCUGGAUAUCACCAGCAUCCGAGACACCCGAGCAGGGAGAUUUGCCAAAAUGCCCAAGUCCCUGAAGCUCCGAGAGGUUUUUAACUUGGAUCACCCUUGCAGCACCUUCCUGCUGAAGACCCUGACAAUCGUAUCUGGCCCUGACAUGGUUGACCUCACUUUCCAUAACUUUGUGUCCUACAAGGAGAAUAUUUCCAAGGACUGGGCUGAGGAUAUUAUGGCCAUUGCCCGGAAUCCCCUCACGUACAACGCUCCCCGCUACACCUUCCUAGAGAAAAUUCUAGUGAAGCUGAAGUUGCAACUGAAUGAAGAGGGAAAGAUUCCUGUCCGGAAUAUUUUUCAGAUGUUCCCUGCAGACAAGAAGAGGGUGGAAGAAGCAUUAAGUGCUUGUCACCUACCAAAUGGCAAGAAUGAUGCCAUCAACCCCGAGGACUUCCCCGAGCCAGUGUACAAGACAUUCCUCAUGAAUCUGUGUCCACGGCCCGAGAUUGAUGAGAUAUUUACCUCACACCAUCUAAAAGCAAAGCCCUACAUGACCAAAGAGCACCUGGCAAAGUUCAUCAACAAGAAGCAGCGAGACACCCGCCUCAAUGACAUCCUCUUCCCACCAGCCAAACCUGAGCAGGUGCAGAGCCUGAUAGAGAAGUAUGAGCCCAGUGGGUUUAACAUCCAGAGAGGUGAGUCUCGUUCAGCCCAAAGCUCUUGCUAUAGAGGUGGGAUGAAAGAGCAGGAGAGCUCGUGCCCUCUGCUGUCCUGCUUCCCAGGGGAGCAGUCAGCCUGGUUCCCACAACUCACCACUUCCAAAGAGGUGCCAGAACCAUUCCAUUUGGCGACCAUUAACAGCUCUGUUUGCCGUGCAGGGCAGCUGUCUCCGGAGGGGAUGGUCUGGUUCCUCUGUGGCCCUGAGAACAACCUGAUAGUGCUGGACAAGCUGAUGCUGUACCAGGACAUGACCCAGCCGCUCUCGCACUACUACAUCAACUCCUCCCACAACACCUAUCUGACAGCUGGGCAGUUUUCAGGGACAUCCUCUCCGGAAAUGUACCGCCAGACGCUGCUGGCUGGCUGCCGCUGCGUGGAGCUGGACUGCUGGAAGGGCCGGCCCCCGGACGAGGAGCCCAUCAUCACCCACGGCUUCACCAUGACAACUGAGAUCCUCUUCAAGGAUGCCAUCGAGGCCAUUGCAGAAAGUGCUUUCAAAACAUCUCCAUACCCUGUGAUCCUGUCCUUCGAGAACCACGUGGACUCGCCCAAGCAGCAGGCAAAGAUGGCCGAGUACUGCCGAACCAUUUUUGGAGACAUGCUGCUGACAGAGCCACUGGAGAAAUACCCGCUGAAGCCAGGAGUUCCUCUGCCAAGUCCUAAGGAUCUCUUAAGGAAAAUCUUGAUUAAAAACAAAAAGAACCAAUCUAUGUCUGGGAAGAGGCAGAACUCUUUGAAGAAAGGGAGGAAUGUGGAACCAGAAACCACUGAGCAGCCAACCUCUGUGGAUGCCGAAGAUACUGUCUGGGCAGGUGAUGUGGCUGAAGAGGAGCCAGAGGAAGAGGAUGAACAGCUCAGAAACCUGGAUGAAGAGGAAAUCAAAAAGAUGCAGUCAGAUGAGGGCACAGCUGGCCUGGAAGUGACGGCGUACGAGGAGAUGUCCAGCCUGGUUAACUACAUACAGCCCAUCAAAUUCAACUCCUUCGAGCUCUCUGCCAAGAAGAACCGGAGUUACGUCAUCUCUUCCUUCACCGAGAUGAAGGCUUACGAUCUGCUGAGCAAGUUCCCCAUGCAGUUUGUAGAAUACAACAAGUGGCAGAUGAGCCGCAUUUACCCCAAAGGCACCCGCAUGGACUCCUCCAAUUACCAGCCCCAGAUGUUCUGGAAUGUCGGCUGUCAGAUGGUGGCACUCAACUUCCAGACCAUGGAUGUCCCCAUGCAGCAGAACAUGGCCCUGUUUGAGUUCAAUGGGCACUGUGGCUACCUGCUCAAGCACGAGUUCAUGCGGCGCCCCGAUAAGCAGUUCGACCCCUUCUCUGUGGACCACAUCGACGGGCUGGUGGCCACCACUGUCUGUGUCACGGUGCUCUCUGGUCAGUUCCUCUCAGACCGCAGCGUGAAGACCUAUGUGGAAGUGGAGCUCCUUGGGCUGCCAAGGGAUGCCAAACGCAAACACAGAACCAAACUGACCUCCACAGCCAACUCCAUUAACCCUGUGUGGAAAGAGGAGGCUUUUGUUUUUGAAAAGAUCAUGAUGCCCGAGUUGGCAUCUCUCAAAAUUGUGGCUUGGGAAGAAGGAGGGAAGUUCAUUGGCCAGCGUAUCAUUCCCAUCAUCGCAAUGCACCCAGGCUACCACCACGUGUGCCUGCGCAGUGAGAGCAACAUGCCGCUCACCUUGCCCGCCCUCUUCGUGUUCCUGGAGAUCAAGGACUAUGUGCCGGAUGCUUGGGCAGAUCUCACUAUUGCUCUUUCCAACCCCAUCAAGUUCUUCAACCUGCAGGACAAGUGCUUGGUGAAGCUCAAGGAUACCUCAGAGGAGAGGCCUGGCACACAGACAAACCUCUCAUCUGCUGAGACUAAUGGGGUGGCAGGCUCCACUAGGAAACCCAGCGUUCCUCCCUCUAAUGGCUCCACAGGAGCAGCAGUGCUCAUCAAGGAUGAAGCUGUGUUAGAAGUAAUGCAGAUGGCAGAGCCCGAGACAAUCACCCUUGCUGAGCUGCAGCAGAAGAAGCGCUUCCUGAAGCUGCUGAAGAGGCAAGAGAAGGAGCUGAGGGAGCUGGAGCGGAAGGGAAGCAAACAGAGGGAGGAGCUGCUGCAGAAAUACUCGGCGCUCUUUUCAGAGCUGGCCUGCGCUGGGGGCAAGAAAAGGACAGUGCGCACAAGGAAAACCCAGAAGAAGAGGAGUGUGACCCCAAGUGAUGCUGGUACCAGUGCAAAUCCUGUAAAAGCCGCAGAGAGCAUCGACUGCUGCUGGCUCGUGGAGCUGAGGGAGAGGCUGGAGAUGGAACUCAUCCACCUUGGGGAGGAGCACCAUAAUCGGAUCCGAAGGAAGAAAGAGCAGCAUGCUACUGAGCAAGUUGCCAGGAUCCUGGAGCUGGCCAGGGAGAAGCAGGCAGCUGAGCUGCGGGUGCUGAAGGACACGUCAGAAAGCAACAUUAAAGACAUUAAGAAGAGGAUGGAGGCAAAGAGAGUGGAGAGGGUCCAGGCCAUGCUGAGGAAUACCAGUGACAAGGCUGCACAGGAGAGGUUGAAGAAAGAAAUUAACAACUCCCAUAUUCAGGAAGUGGUGCAGACGGUCAAAAGGGUGACAGAGAAGACUGACAGGUACCAGCAGAAACUGGAGGAGAAGCAGGCAGCAAGGCUCCAGUCCAUCAAGGAGAGAGAAAGCCAGCUCCAACAGCAGGUACAGGUGGAAUAUGAGGAGAAGCUGAGAGCUCUGAACAUGGAGGUUCAGGAGAUGGUGAAGAACUACACCAAAGCCAGCUUUCCUGGAGAGCCACAGACUGGAAAGGAAGCAGAUCAGAGCAUUCCUGAGGGAGAACAAGGCUCUACAGAUCAACUGGAAACAAAUAUCCCAGUGGCAGAGAUGUCUAGGCUUACACUGGCAAUGACUGAGCCUGUGGAAGCUGGGAUGGAUGUGGAGAUAGAAGAGAGCAUAUUCUGAGCUGGGUCCCUUCCUUACUGCUCAUUGCAAGAAGGUGUAUGGUGAAGUAACAACCAGCUUCACAAACUACUGCCAUCCCUUUCCAUUCUGGGGAGCUUCUGAAAUCCUUCAGGAAUGUACUACAUUUUCCCAGAUAUCUGGAAGCAGUCUGGAGAGCUCACCCUUCAGAGUACUUUCCUCUGUCUUUCCCAGCCUGAGCUCUGAGGUAUUUCAGCAGUGGGAAAGUGCCUGCAGACCAGCUCCCUGUUGGCAUCACAGCAGCAGCUACAGGAAUAUUUACUUUGCAUUCCUCAUCGUUCCUCACGUGUAUCCCUUCACACCAGUCCAACUCCUCCUAACAUCUUCUACACGGUUCAGUGAAACAGCAAUAAACAAGCCAAACAAAAACCCUAAACACUGAUACAAAGAGACACCACAGGUGGGGAUGGGGGUGGAAAGUGGGUUCAAUCACAGCAAACCACACCAGGCUGUGCAUCCUACAGGAAAAGUUACACAUGAAGCUGCAUUAAUUAAGGAUUAAAAAUGCUGCUAUAACCAAACCAAACCCCAGGUCAAGUAGGUAUGAGACAGCAUGUUCCAAGCCUAGUCUGAGCACCCAAGAGUCCACAUCUCCCCUGUGGUGUCACCAGAGUACUGGAAUUAUGGAUUGUACAUUUCUGAGCUAUUUAUUUUCUAAAAAAAAAUUAAAACAUUGCUGUUCUUAAACAA